UACGUCACCGCCUCUCGGAUAUCUGAAGUUUUUGGCGCCAUGUAGGCUUGGAGCUCCGCUUGGCCACCGGCUCGGGCUACCGGAGCCCGACGACAGCUGGAAGCAGGUUGUCAGUAACGAGGCAAUCCUCCUGUUCUCCAUCACCUGCUCUUUGCUUCAUUAGUCUCUCUCUUCGUCAUCUACCCUACACUCGCUCUGCUGUUCGGCGGGAUUGGGUUUGCGUUCGAUCGCUCUAAGCGAUUUGGAUUUCGGAGAACUUGAACGGAUCCGAAUUCUCUGCUCCGGGAGCCUUCGUUUGAGCUCUCUAUCGCCAGUUUUGGCCUUAUUUCUGCUUUCCGGUGCUGAGGGUUAGAUUUUCGAACGAAUGAUGGCUGGUGCAGGAUCUUUUUAUUGUUUCACAUCAAGCAAGGAAUAGUAUUGCUUUCUCAGGCAGAAAUCUCCUCAAGCUCAAAGAGACCUGCAUCAAGUUUCCUGUAUGAGUUCAACAAGAUCAACAUCUGGUUAACUAACACAUAAUCCAAUAGUUUUCUCCUCAGUGCAAGAGGGUUUUCUUGGUUUGUUUAGGGUUUGGUGAGCAUGCUUGGAAUCCGAGCAUCGGGUGAUGCCCACGACAAGAGUUGCCACCGAUGCUUUCGGCGUGGUAACCAUCGCUCUCGUCGCAUUGACCGCCAUUCUCGGACUACUAUGCAUCUACCGGUGCGUCUACUUUCAGCUACAGAUAAGAAGAAGAGGAUUUUCCCAGCUCAGCUACUUUAAUGGCCCCUGGAUCAUUCGCAUUGUCCUAAUUAUCAUUUCAAUCUGGUGGGGUUUCGGCGAGAUUGUCAGAUUAAGUUUCCUAAGGGGUACAGGAAGGCCUCUCUCCAGCUUAACAUGGCAGAAAUACGGCUGCAAGUUCUAUCUCCUCUCAAAUCUUGGAUUUGCAGAACCUAUCAUCUUUAUCAUGCUUGGUUUCUUACUCCACGCUGCACUUCAAAAGAGAGAAUCCGACUCUCUGACUCAGAGAUGGAACUGGAAGACAUUUAUCUAUGUCAUUCUUCUCUGCCUUCCCUUAUUCAUCCUUCAACUGUUCCUCAUUAUAUACAAUCAAGAAAUGCAUAAAAUGAGAAAGAAGAUGGGCAAGUUCUUCAUGACUCACUCGUUCUCUUUGCCAAACAAUAUGACCAUCUGCACCUAUCCUCUACUGAGCACCAUAAUUCUGGGAUUCUUUGAUCUUUUUGUGAUUGCUUAUGUGGUUUACAGUGGAGCUCGAAUGCUAUCUUUAGUGAUCAACAAAGGGCUGCGACUGAGAGUUUACUUGCUUGCUCUUUCUGUCAUCUUCUUCCUUCCACUAAGAGUAAUUUUGCUUGGAUUCUCAGUGCUUCCUCAUGUGGGAAAUAUGGCAUAUGAGGUGCUUGUUUUUGUAGCCUUCCUCGUGUUCUUAUUGUGCAAUAUGAUAGGGAUCUGCAUGCUGGUUUAUCUCCCUGUUGCAGACUCCUUGGCUCUGCGAGAAAUUGAGCAGAGCACUUUCAAAACUGAUGAGAUCCCUUGCGAUGAUUACUGCAGUGAAGGAACUGCUCUGAUUCACAAUCUGAACCAUCCGGAUUCGAGGAGAAAUUCGAUCUCGUUUUGCAAUAUGAUAAGAGAUGAUUUGCCUCAGGCUCUCAACGGCAUUGAUGAAAGAAGAAGAUCCAUUCCUUUUAGACCACUUCAUAUUGUUUGUUCUGUGGAAUCUUCUCCUUGUAGGGAAUAAGGGUUCCAUGUGUUAUAAUAAGAAAGAAAAAAGCUUUUGGAUUUUUGAAUUUUUUUUUUUUUUUUAAACUUGUGUAGUUUAGUGGCAUCAGAUUUUGGUGAAGGGAAUGGUGUUGUAAAGGGUGAUAAAAAGUUGAAUUUGCCAUUUGGAGAAAUUUUUGGCGUCAUAAAUUUUGGAAAUGUUUGGGUUAUGAUCAAUUUUAAAACUGCUGGAUUAAUUGUAA